CCGGCUAGCUAUCGUUUACCUGCAUUACAGUACACACCUCCAUUUUCAAUAAUUACGAGCAUCAUAUAAUUCAUGACCCCUUCGCCACGCCAUAGGGUUUCUGUUUCUCGCUUCCUUCGAAUCGAGUUCCACUCUUGUCUCUGUCAAUGUUUCCCACAUUACCAGCCGUCACACCCAAGUUAUUCCGAAACCGCUGUUUCCCAGUUGCCUUCGACGCUUUGUCAGAGGAUUUCAUAGAUGCCAGGGACCUUUGGUCAUUCCUCGAUACAGUGACAUCCAGGGGUGUCAUUGGCGUUUCCGCCUCGUAUAGAGACAACUGCCAACUCAGUGCCAUCGCAUUCUCUUCAUUGUCUAGGGCUUUGGUGGUACACUUCACUAGCGGCGGUCUGCCCCAAGGCGGUAAUCCCGGGAAACGAAGUAGAAUUAUGGAAGGAAGGGACCUCCUCGAGGAACACAUUCUCUGCAACACGGAAUACCAGAAGUAUGCAUUCAACAUGGAUCGUAUUGCUAUCGCCUUGUACUUGGACCUGAUGCUGCGCAUUGAUCGUGCAGUAGAUAUGCUCUCGGUGUCCUUGGGUGACAGGCGAUCCCUGGAGGCCCUUCUGGAUGCAAUGGGUGGCCAGCCGACUUUGCAUCAGUUAAACGUGAAUGAAUUGUUUUUCACUAAUGAUUUCCGCUCCGUAUCAGAUUCAGGCCUUGUCCAGCAAGCCUGGGCAGCUUGUCAGGCGGCGAUCCUCCCUCACAUGGCUGAGCGCUUUCACACGGUGGGAAGAAUCAGAACGAAUACAAUACCAGAUGAGCAUAUGACGGUGCUUGCCAAGAUCUCCCGUGAUGGAGACCUUCUGAAUUCCUUGAAGCCGUUUAUCAUGAAGAACGAUGUUAUGCCAGGCAUCACAAUGAACACGGAUAAUCUCACGUUGACUUGUAGUCGUUAUCUAACUCGUAUCAGAAAUUCAACGCGGCAGCUCCUCCAGAUAGAAACACCCAAGGGUGCUCAACUGUCGGGUCGUGCUAUCCGCGUCGAAGGACGGCAUGCCCUUAUCGAAAUUUCGGGACACCUUGAGGGCAAUGCGAUAAGGUCUGUGAUGACGUUCGGCAAGGCAAACCUCACGUCUGCAGAUGCUUGCCGCGAAAAGGUUAUCCUCGCGAUCUUGAAAGGGUCCACGCUUUUGUCACAUCCGCUUGUUAAGGCCAUAUGGUUUCCCAACCAGCCAAUCUGCUGGAUGCCAUCCAGCCACCUGAAGCCCAAAAUACCGAUUUCUUAUGCAAACCUUAAAGUCGAUCCCUCUCAGGGAAGAGCCAUCGAGAAAAUCUUGUCUGCCUCAGAUAUGGAUCGAGUGGUCUUGAUUCAGGGACCCCCAGGAACCGGCAAGACGACAGUCAUUACUGCCGCAGUCACCAGCAUUAUUUCGUUCCCCGCUGCCAGUAGUCGGGCCAUUUGGAUAGCUGCACAAUCGAAUGUCGCUGUGAAGAACAUUGCUGAGAAGUUUGCCAAAAUAGGCUUCUAUGACUUCGCAUUGCUAGUGUCAAAGGAAUUUCACUUUGACUGGCAUGAACAUCUUUACGAGAAGCUUGAGUAAUGCCUUAUUCGCUCUGGAACAUUCAGUCGCGAAGGCGUUGGCGCGUCCAGGCAACUUUGCGGGGCCAGAGUCAUCCUGUGCACACUAGGGAUAUUAUCAAAUAACCAUAUCGAACCCUUCCGUCGUGUCAAUCCAGUGGACAUGCUAAUCUUCGACGAAGGGAGUCAGAUAGAAGUCGGAAGUUACCUUGCAGUUUUCGACCGUUUU